CGCCACGCUGUCAUCAGCACUCCGGUCAGCAUGCCUCGCGAACACAAAAUCAGAGGAAGUGAGGGGAGGGAUUUCGCUAUGCUCGAGCGCAACCUACUCUCCCAUCUUCGCCUGGCUGUGCUGCUGUCGCUGUCGUUCGCAUCGCUGCUCCUCAACACCCGUCUCCCCACGCCCUCUGAUCCUGGGUCCGCACAGACGCCGCAAUCGAAGACGGGUCUCGCGAUCUCGUGGAUGGAGCUGAUGGCGGCCGUGCUCGCCAUUGCGGCGGGGUUGUGGGAGUACUGGCAGGGCUACAUUGAUAUGAAGACGCAGCGGGGCUUCUUACGGGCUACCCAGACACAUCUUGCGAUUCUGAGCGUCGUUGGCAUCGUCGUCUUCGCCUCAUGUCUGAUGCUCAUCUCUACCGACGUCUGAGGGGGCUCAAUUGUGACGGUGGCAAAGGUUUCCACGGUAUAUAUCGGACGUCGGUGCCCCUCCAGCCCUAGAACUCAAACGUGUAACCCCGGCCUGUCCUGCGCCCGCACAAGCGGCCCCACUCUGCUGUAUGCGCACAGGGGGAAAGUCGCGGCACUGCCAGCAGAUUCACCGGGAUGUGCCCAAUCUAUCUUUUGCUGCUGUCGUCGAACGGGUUCUCUGAUGAUAUGUAGUCUUCUUCCCCCUGAUACUAGUGUGACCCCAGAAGCGACGGCCCAGAAUGUAUUUCGUGCAUAUCUCCAUCGCAUCUUCCCCCAUAAAUCUCAGAUUUGGUACACUUGAUCUGUAUCGUAGACAGUAUAUACCCGUCAAAUAUGAAGGCGAUCGGUGGAAUUUUG